AUGGCCAUGCGAUUGCUUCGUAGGUCCAGCAGCUCUAACACUGCAGAGAAACCUGCUGAGGCAGCAACCCCAACUUCACCCCCCAGGGCGAAAGCUAGGAGUCCAACGCGGCGCCCGGCCCGACCUCCGCUGCCCACCUGCCCUCCACUGCCGUCGGCGGCGCGACGAUUGCUGGGAAGCAAGGGCAGUGCAGGGAGUGCGGGCAGCGCCGGGAGCACAGCGCGUGCCAGCCUGGGCUCCCAGGGAGGUUUCAACGUGGUCUGCAUCUGA